AUGGAGCAAGAUAUCAAAAUGGAGACCCUUACGCCUGAGGAAGAAAGUACAUACGAUAUUAUUUCUUUAGAUACAAGGCCAACAGGGGAGGCUGUUAAUCAACCUGAGAAUAACGCGAAAAAUGAAGAAGUUACAGAAACUGAGAUUGACAUCACUAUCCAGCCCACACCAGAAAAGGAUGGGACGAGGGCGUGGUUGGUGUGCUUUGGCGGCUUUUUGAUACAAGUUCUAAUUGUUGGUUUCCUUCACGUAUAUGGCAUUUUCUUUGUCAAGUUCCUAGAAGAGUUCAAAUCUUCUAAGGCGACCACAGCUUGGGUUGGAGCUCUAGCAUACGGCGUAGCCAUGGCCCUCGGUCCGCUGUCCAGCGCAGUCAUCAACCGCUAUGGCAACAGGAUAAGUGCAAUGAUAGGGAGUAUCAUCUGUUCCAUCGCUCUUCUGAUCUCGUCAUUCAUGCCCGACGUCACCUGGCUCUUCGUCACCCUUUCGUUCCUCUACGGAUGCGGGUGUUGUUUCGCCUACACCCCAACUAUGUGCAUCUCUGGCGACUACUUUGAGAAAUACGUCGCACUGGCCACGGGGAUCAUGACGGCGGGGAGCAGCGUAGGGACCCUCAUUCUGUCACCAUUUACCCAACUUCUGGUAGAUAGUAUCGGCUGGAGGGGCGCCUUUAGGGUGUUUUCGGGGGUCGUGUUAAUUCCACUGUGGAGCUCCUAUCUCUUCAAACCAUUGGAAGGCUCUCACAAGACCCCCAGUCAGCGGAUCAAGACUUCAUUGGCACGCCGGGUGAUCGCCGACUUGGCCCUGUGGAAGAACAGAGUAUUCAUUGUGUGGAUUGCGGGGAUUUUUCUUGUCAUGUUUGGAUACUAUAUUCCAUACGUCCAUUUGGUCUCCUAUGCAAUGGAUGUCGGGAUCCCACCAACACAGGCCUCACUUCUUAUGAUGGUGAUGGGUGGCGCUACGGCAACGGGGCGAGUUCUCUUCGGCAAGAUUGUAGAAUAUGGCUUCCUGAACCGCCUCCAUAUGCAUCAAUUAUCUAUGGUCGUCACGGGCACGGGGUGCAUGCUUCUCCCCCUUAUUCGGUCCUUCUCAGGGCUGGUUGCCUACGUCAUCUUUAUCGGCCUAGUCGACGGAUGUUAUGUGGUGUUACUGCCAACCUUGACGGCUAGUUUUGUAGGACAAGACCGAGCCGUUGUGGCUUGGGGAUUUCUGGUCGGUGUAACGUCUGUAACUUACACGCUGGGACCACCAAUCGCAGGACUAAUAUACGACAGCACCGGGUCUUAUAACCUGGCCUUCCACUUGGCGGGAAUUCCUCUCAUCCUCGGAGCCCUCAUUUUAUUCCUCGUCCCCUGGGCACAGCGGACUGCCAAGACAACCAACGUGAUGGUUGCCGCCAGGAAAACAUACGAACAGUUCCCAGAAUCCGAGACAGACAGAGCAGACGACAAUUGGUUGACCAAGGAGGAGGAGGAGGAUACAGGGGAUUUCUUGGUCUUUGAAAAUUUUGAUGACAAAAAUGAACACCGAGAGGAAGGAAUCGAUAUCCCGACCAAGAAUUCCGCAAGCAGGGAUACUCUUGUUCCCAGCAGCGUCAGCAAAGCCAUUGACAUCCUGAGGAAAACAUCCCGCACUUUGUUCAGAACCAACUCAGAUCCGGAGAGACAAUCACUGGUUUCUGGGCUUCAGGAAUGCGAGCUGGAGGCUAUCCGUGUUCUAUUCGAACCAUCAUCGCAGGACGACGCCCAGCAAGAUGACAGAAUCGAAAUAGAAAAUAUCGACUUCUCUCAAGCCCGGCAGCACCAAAAAGUCCACGCUGCCAGUUUGAGCCCCCAGAUGCUGUAUCACCGCAAUCUCACCCCCGUGCCUGAAGAGGGCGCAGCUGGGCGGCGACAAACCGCGCUAUCGGGCACCGCGCUGGGACCACGCCCCUCGGAGGAUUCCCACGACAAAAACAGCCUGCAGUUUGCACUGGAUGACAACAUUUCUCAGAGCAGCCACUCCCCCAUGGCAAGCCCACGCUGAAUUGUCACUAAUCCGCCUUGAAGGACUUUUGAAAUCACACGCAGAGAAUGUCCAUUUUGUUAUUAAGUGAAAGCAUCUAUUUUAAUCGUUUCGACUAUGUGGUUAAUUUGAUUCUAUUGCAGAUGUUAGAGAAGAGUCGCUAUAAACAACCGCACAGUGGUCUUUUUACAAAAUAUAUUCUAAAUUGUUGAAACGAAAUACAAAAUACGCACUAGAAAGAUGAUCAAUCAAAAAAACCUGAAUUGAAUAAAUCCGUACAUGAAUAA